AUAUCUUAUUUCUUAUCUCCCUACAGGUAAAGAUAAAAAUGCCGAAAAUCUUUCCUUCAUCGUCAACGAUGUACCCGAAAAAUUCGAACUCAACUCGCCCGAUGUGCUCAACAACCUAAGUCUAAGUUAUCGCAUUAAUUGGCCUCUAAAUCUCAUACUUAAUCCCGAGACACUCGAACAAUAUGCCAAUAUUUUCAAAUAUCUUAUACGUGUACGACGUAUAAGUUGGAUUUUGGAAAGGGCCUAUCAAAUACUUAAAGAAGCUGUAAAACAACAUGGCAGUGUCAUACUUAAAUCACCACAAUAUAGACAUGUACAAUUGAUACGUCAUAAAUUCUAUCAUUUUGUACAUGCAUUGCAAAAUCACAUCACUGCAAAUGCUUUGCAGGCCUCUUGGAAGACCUUCAAAGAUGAACUGAUGACGGCAAAAACAAUAGAAGAUAUAUAUAGGAAACAUGCUACAUAUAUAAAGCGUAUAUUAUUUUUAUGCAUGCUAAAUAAGAGAAGUGCCGAAUUUUAUAAUACCAUCGAGAAUGUAUUUAAAAUAUCAUUACGUUUCUAUAAUAAUUUAAAAACAAGAGAAUUUAAAUUAAAACCUGGCCAUGAACAUUUCACCCAUUCGCGCUAUGAAAAGUUGGUUAAUGAUGAAUUAGAAUUUGACAAAUUCAUUAAAUAUACCAUUUAUUUGGGCAAUAAGAUAGUACGACAUGGCUAUCAAGCAGAGAUUGGUGAAUUUAUUAGUUUGAUUAAUUUUAAUCAAUACUAUAUGCAAAAUGCUUUUUAAUUAUAUAUAUUUUCUUAUUUAUUAACACUAUAAUAUUGUUUUGUAAGAAAGAAAUUUUAGUUAAUUAUAAAUUGCCUUUUUGAAAAUUGUAAUAAUUAGGUAAAAAUGACCCCUUUGGGUCUUAGAGAGUUAAAAGUUUUAGAUCUAUCCUAUUGUGCUUUAACAUCGUUUCUUUAAUAAAUAACAUUUUGUUCCUUUGAUUUUUUUUGUUAACA